CGUGUUUGCGUCGUGCAUGUCUAUAGAAUUACACAAAACUAAGCCAAACCAGGAUUUCGCAUAAAUGCAGCCAAUCAAAGUGAACGAUUGUAGUUUUCGAGGUGAAGAUUAGAAGCCAUUUUUUGCGUCGUCUAGAUCUCCAUUUUGGCGAGAACUCAAGUGUAAUGAAAUUGUAGCCAGUCAAUGAUGGCUGAGCAAGAAGAUUCUGUAGAUAAUAAGACGAUGUUCCCAGAACAUGAAGGGGAAAAUGAGAAUGAAAACGAACAUGAUCAAGAACAAGAUAAUGAAAAUGAAAAUGACAUUGAAAAUGACCAGGAAGAUGGAGUCAAUGGUGAUGGUGUCAGCGAUGAUGCUGUCGACACAACAGCUGAUUUUUUAAAGAUUUUUCAAGGGAAAACAGAGUUUGAUAGCUGGGAAGAGUUCUCAACAUUGUUUGAAGAGUUUCAGAAAGAAACAGGCUCAGCUUUCAAACCAAAGUCAGCCACCAGUUUAGAAUAUGCCAAUGAAAGACGUGUGAAAGACAAAAUUCCUGACCGCUUUGUUUAUCAAACUGUAAAAAUGGUCUGCAAUCAUUAUGGGAACCCAAUAAAAAAGGAAAACAGUGCAAGGAAAGCCAAAAGAUAUGUUGGUCUUGGAUGUGAAGCAAUGGUACACUUGCGUUACAAAGCUGGAAGUUUGAACAUUGUCAGCUGUAAUCUAGAACACAAAAAUCACAAACUGUUUAUUGGCAAUGAGAUCAUCAGCAGGAGUGUGCGAUCAUUUUCUUUCACUGACGAUAUUGAUUUCCUCAUGGCAAAAGUAGUUAUGGAGCACAACCCAUUUUCCACAUGGAACUCAGAGAAAGAGUGGCUUGCCCUUGUUGACGAUUUACAGAGUAGGGACUCCCGUAUGAAAACAGUUACCAUUCGUGUAGUUAAAAAGAGAAUAAGAUUUUUGAUUGAUAGAUACAUGGCCAACAGCAAUGGAAAGCCACCUCUACCUGAUGAUGAAAUGGGCAUUAUUCUUUAUGAGCUGGCAAAGGCAAAGCAAGAUGCUAUAGACAAUGUUCCAAAGCAGCCUCCUAAAAAAAGGGGGAGAGGAAGGCCAAGAAAAAGAGAAAGAGAAGAAACAGAAGAUGAGGAAGAUGAAGCUGAUGAUUCCCAUAUGGACUUUGAUGACUCUCCCAAUUUUUCUCCUGGUAUAACAUCUCCAGCAAAAAAGCCUAAGAUAACAGCAAGAUCAUCUACAGGUGGAGAUCUCUCAGCAUUCCUCAGAUACCUGGAGAGGAAAGAUGAAUACGAAAGGAAAUUAAGACAGACUGAAAUGGAUCUUCGUCGAGAGGAACUUGAGCUCCAUAAAAAAGAGCUUGAAAUGCAAAGGGAAAAGUUUGAAUUUGACAGACUUGAAAGGCAGGCUCAUCUAGAGCUGUUGAAAGCCCAGUUAGAGACAUUCACCGGACACAAAGCAGCUAAAAUUGUGAUUCCAGAUGGGAAAGUUUUGGAUGGGAAUGCUGUGACUGAGUAUACAAUAGUUGUGAACAAUGACCAAGCUUUUGCUACCCAAUGACUAUCUGAGUAAAAUGUUGAGCCUCCGUCUAGUCUAUUAUUUAGUCCUAAGUUUGGAGCCCAAUAUUUCAGAUUCACAUAAUGUUAAUUCUAUGUGGCUCAAUAUCUUGGAUAUGUCAGAAUAGCUCAAUUCACUGUAAGAUCUGUAAAGCUUUUUUUGUCUUUAAGAUCCAUUUAGAGUUACAUUAUCUUUAGAUUUUUGUAUAAAAAAGGAUUAAAAGUGGGGCAUUAGAAGGUAAAAAAAAAGUUUAGCUAAUAUGUGUAUUAAAUGUAUUAUAAACUAUUAUGAAUCAGUUGUACAGUUGUGUAAAUAGUAUGGUGGCAUUUCUCUUCAUCCUAAAAGAAAAAUGAAUAACUUGACAUUGUUUAAUACUUUCACUUUAAAUGAUUAUGUCAAGAAAUGUUGGUGCUACCAAUCAAAAUAUGUAUUAUAUAUAUAUAUUUGUAAAUAUUAUGUUGUUAUGAUAGCAUAUUCAUUGGAUGAAAGUUGUUAACUUUUUCCUCUGGAGUUUCACUAAAAGUGUUGAAUGUUCAGUUCCGCAAGCUAUCAUAUUAUUACUUCUUUGACAAUGAUAAUGUCUUAUGUUCAUAAAGUUCUGUAAAUAAUUAUGUUGUUGAUAUUUGAAAUCAAUGAAUUUGUUUUUGUUUCCAUUGCUGAUGGCAAUAAAUUGAAUGUCUUAAUGAA